UUGUAAUGUGUGAAUAACCGCGAAAUGACCGACACACACUCCAGAAAUCACCUGGACGUAUUUCCGUCCUGCUGGAUAAUGUAUAUGUGAAUAAAGUGCGACGUGUUUGCUCUGUACGUCAGGUGUACUAGAAUGUUCUGUGUAGGCAACGAGUCGGACUUCAAGUUCAGGGCAGGUGUUGCGCAUGCGCAGAACAUCCUUCUGGAUAUUUCCUCACGUGGAGCUCUCCUCCCUUCAGUGCGUUACAUCCACGCUCGCGAGGAAACCGGGGUGCAUCUCCACGCAGACGGUCGGACCGCUCACACGCACAGACAUGGCCUUCAGAAAAUUCCUCCCCCUGUUUGACCGCGUGCUGGUGGAGCGCUUUACCGCAGAGACAGUAACGAAGGGUGGCAUCAUGCUGCCAGAAAAGUCUCAAGGCAAGGUGCUGCAGGCCACGGUGGUGGCAGUAGGACCCGGCUCCGUCAAUCAGGAUUUCUACAACUGGCCGGAUGAAUCAUUUGAGGAGAUGGACAGCACCCUGGCUGUCCAACAGUACAUUCAGCAGAACAUUAGAUCAGACUGUUCCAACGUCGACAAGAUCCUGGAACCUCCAGAGGGUCAGGACGAGGGGGUGUGGAAGUACGAGCACCUCAGGCAGUUCUGUCUGGAGCUCAAUGGAUUAGCUGUAAAACUACAGAGCGAGUGCCAUCCAGACACCUGCACCCAGAUGACAGCCACAGAGCAGUGGAUCUUUUUAUGUGCUGCCCACAAGACACCCAAAGAGUGCCCUGCCAUUGAUUACACCAGGCACACGCUGGACGGAGCUGCCUGUCUUCUCAAUAGCAACAAAUACUUCCCCAGCAGGGUGAGCAUCAAGGAGUCAUCAGUGGCCAAACUGGGCUCUGUCUGUCGUCGCAUCUAUAGGAUAUUCUCUCAUGCCUACUUCCAUCACCGCCAGAUAUUUGACAAGUAUGAGAAUGAAACGUUCCUGUGUCACCGGUUCACGCGCUUUGUCAUGAAGUACAACCUGAUGUCCAAGGACAACCUGAUCGUGCCCAUUCUGGAGGAGGAGGCGCAGAACACCUCAUCAGCUGGGGAGAGCGAGGCUUAGGACACAGCUGCUGCCAUAAGGGAGACCCAUGUAAAAACACACACCAUCACAGAGGAGACACACAGAACACACACACACACACACACACACGUAUAUGUACACACUACAGUGUAUUAAGGCUCCUGUCUAGUAACACUGUCCAUGUCCCUCCACCCUCGUCACCUGUGUCUAUCUCAAAGGAAGUAAGGGUAAAGAACACCAGGAGCAGAGUUCAGCCAUGCCUGCAGGACGACAUGAUGUCACGCUGUGACUUAGCUGUUUGUCAUACAGUCCUGCUCUCACACUACUCCUUUAGGGAAGCCCUUCUCCUUAAUCCUCUUUAAGCAGCUGGAUUUGCAAAAACCUAUGUAAUCAUGGUGACCUGUAUUGUUGACAAAGGCACACACUGACAGCCGCCCCCCCCUGUAUAUAACCCCACUCCCCCUUCCUCCCUCUCUCUUAAUUCACUAUCAUGUUUUUCUGAUGGUGCUUCACUCUUUUGUGUCUGCUUCUGUUUCUCUGUUCACUCGUGUUGCCUACCAGCCUGUUCGGGGGUGUCCCAUCAAAUGGAUCACUAAAUUAGCCUGCUGACUUAAUAAUGCUAUUAAAACACAAUGUUAGGUAUGUGUGGCUCGUGUGGUAGUGAACAAAGACAAACGUAAUCUCUAGCUUUGUAUGUGUACUAGCAGUCAGAUUCUUUCUGUGUGGCCUCUGAGGUGAACCUUCAGAGUGUUUAGGAAGGCUUGUUGGCUAACUCUGAUCCUGCUUUGUGACAUGCCCCCAUUUUAAUACUGUGUAAAUAAUGUGCCUGAUAUUCCCCCCUUCCUUACAUGACAACCACAACUGUACGGGCACAGACUGAGCUGCUGUAAGCCAGUUCUUACUGCUUUAAGCAUUACAUGAGUCAAUACCACAGGAAGGCAGGAAUAUCAGCAACAUUUCAGUACAUCGGAGCACAACCUCCCUUCUUUUACCCUCUCUCUCAUUAAGUUAUUUUGUGGGAGGAGUCUUGUCAAUCCAACCCACUUUUUUUUUUAAUGGACUAAAAAAUUUUGUUACUGUUGACAUUUUCAUGAUGUCUGUUAAUAAAAAAGACCUAUUAUUCA